CUGCUGUUUGGUAUUAUUGUUGCUUAUUAUUGAUUAUCAUGUGUUUAUCAGUCCGAUACAUUAAUAAACAUCUGAUGCAGCUGUUUCACACUGUUAAUGAGCCGCCAGGGGGCGCGCUGACUGUUUCCUCUACUGGAAGUUGAAGGUCAUUUCCUGCUCGCGCUGCAGUGGGACAACAUGGCGGCGUUGUGUUCGGUCGUGUCCCGGUCCAGGUGUGGAUUCCGGUCCGCCUCCUGUCGGUUCAUCAGAAGCUCCUUCAGCUCGGACUCCAGUGGAGGCUCCGGCAGCGACCAGGCCGACGCGGACAGGCCCAGAUACGGGUUCGCCGCCGCCUUCGACCUGCAGUCGGAGCUCCGGCGGGAGGCCGACCAGGGAGCGUCGUCCUCCGGCAGGGACGAGAGCUUCGCCUCGCUGCUCCGCCGGUCCCCGCUGAUCCAGAUGGGACCGGCCAAGGACAAGGUGGUGGUCGGGAGGAUAUUCCACGUGGUCCAGGACGACCUGUACAUCGACUUCGGCGGGAAGUUCCACUGCGUGUGCCGGCGGCCGGCGGAGGGAGGAGACAAGCUGCAGCGGGGAACCAGAGUCCGCCUGCGGCUCCAGGACCUGGAACUCACGUCCCGGUUCCUGGGGGCUAAAACCGACACCACGCUGCUGGAGGCCCAGGCCGUUCUGCUGGGCCCGAUGGAAGGACGGGACGGACGGGAAAACCAGAACCAGGACCGCAUGAACAGACCGUUAAACCCGUCUACAGUAAAAACAGAGGAUUUAUGAAGGGACUCUGGCAGCGGCGGGACUGAGACCUGAGACUGAGUUUUUGUGUUGGUGAUAAACUGUUGAUGCAGAUCUGAGCCGGACCAGCUCUGAUAAUGGAGAGAGAUUCUAGUAAUAAAUAUUCUGUCAACAGUUUGUUGUUUGUUUGUCCACACGAUGAUCAGACUUUACACCUUUAAUAUUCAGGUAUGGAGGCUCUUUACUGCCUGGAAAAGAAAAUAUGAAUUAAAGGUAAAACUAAAUGUU